AUGUCUUCGGCCACCACCAGCAUCAACACCCAAUCGUCGUCAUUGGGCGGUAAAGUCGAGCCCGAAUCCGGAUAUGCCUCGGGACAAUCUGAUUGCUCGGCAGAGGAGCCCCCUCGGCCCGAAGUCUUCUUGACCCAAGCUCACAUCGAAUAUCUCAACAAGCAGAUGGAACCUAUGCACCCCAUGGACAUUCUUCGCUUCUGCAAAAUCUUAUUUCCCAAUCUGUUCCAAUCAUCGGCGUUCGGGUUGACCGGUCUGGCCACCAUGGACAUGCUGUCCAAGAUUCAGGAGGAGAACCCAGAGUCAAGACCUGUCGAGCUCAUAUUUCUCGAUACCCUGUACCACUUUAAAGAGACGUAUGAGUUGGUAGACCGUGUCAAGGCCCGAUAUCCCAAUGUUCCCGUCAACGUCUUCAAGCCUGACGGUGUCGAGUCGGUCGAGCAAUUUGAGAAAACAUAUGGCCAAGAGCUGUGGCAUACUGCGGAGGAAGUGUACGACUGGAUUGUCAAGGUCGAGCCACUGCAAAGAGCCUAUGAGGAACUCAAGGUUACAGCCGUCUUGAAUGGCCGUCGCAGAUCCCAAGGUGCUGCUCGUGGCUCCAUCCCCAUACUCGAGCUCGAUGAGGAGAGAAACGUCAUCAAGAUCAACCCCAUGGCUGCGUGGUCAUUCUCGCAGGUUCAAGACUAUGUCAAGGCCAACCGAGUCCCCUACAAUGCUCUGCUUGACCAAGGGUACAAAUCUGUCGGCGACUGGCACUCAACGUCUCCCGUCAAGGAAGGAGAGGAUGAACGUGCCGGCCGCUGGAAGGGCAAAUCCAAGACUGAGUGCGGUAUACACAACAAGAAGUCCAGAUACGCUCAGUUGGUGUCCGAGAUGGAGGCUAACCAGGGUGGCAAUGUCAUCGCCCCUGUCUAA